AUGUCUUUCGAACCUCGUGGACUUAUCACAACUCAUGCUUUGUACAGCGCUUACCUUCAAGCCUCAAAGCCAGAAUUGCGAGAGACGGCCACUGUUCCACUUUGGGAGGAUAUUCUCAACAGUGAAUUUAAGCAAUAUGAUAAUAUUGUUGUGAAUUCCCAACAACCAUUGGAUGAUUCAACCAGAUCAAAGAUUGGAGUCUACGAGAGCCGUCUUUGA